AUGGCUGAUCGAGUGCUUGUGAUCGGCAGUGGAGGCAGAGAGCAUGCAUUGGCCUGGAAGCUGGCCCAGUCCCCACAUGUAAAACAAGUGUUUGUUGCUCCUGGAAACGCAGGGACAGCCAACAGUGGAAAAAUUUCAAAUUCAGCCGUUUUAGUGAGCAAUCACACUAUUGUUACCCAGUUCUGCAAAGAUCAUAACAUUGGACUUGUAGUAGUUGGACAAGAAACUCUUUUGGCAGCUGGUAUUGUUGAUGACUUACAAGCAGCUGGAGUAAGAUGUUUUGGACCAUCAGCAAAAGCAGCUCAGCUAGCAUCCAACACCAGUUUUGCCAAAGCUUUUCUGGAUCGACAUGGGAUCCCAACAGCAAGAUGGAAAGCUUUUACCAAUCCCCAGGAAGCCUGUAGGUUUAUUAUCAGCACAGACUUUCCUGCUCGAGUGGUACGGGCAAGGGGCCCUGCAGCUAGAAAGGAAGUGACUAUUGCAGCCAGCAAAGAGGAAGCCUGCAAAGCUGUCCAAGAGAUUAUGCAGGACAGAAUGUUUGGAGAGAUCGUUGUCAUUGAAGAACUUCUUCAAGGGGAAGAACUUUCUUGCCUGUGUUUCACGGAUGGUGUCACUGUUGCCUCAAUGCCCCUAGCCCAGGCCCACAAGCGGUUGUUGGAUGGUGACCAGGGUCCAAAUACUGAAGGAAUGGGAGCCUACUGCCCGGUUCCUCAGGUACCAGAAGUUCUAGAGAAAAUCAGUGAUGCUAUCCUUCAACAUGUGAUUGACAGUCUGAGACAAGAAGGAGCAGCAUAUGUAGGUGUGCUGCAGAUGGGGUUAAUGCUUACCAAAGAUGGUGUGAAAAUUUUAAACUUUAAAUGUCAGUUUGGUGACCCCCAGUGCCAGGUAAUUCUUCCACUGCUUAAAAAUGAUUUUUAUGAAGUGAUUCAAGCAGCAAUUGAUGGCAAACUCUGCAGCUUCAUGCCAGCCUGGUCAGAAAACAGUACAGCUGUGUGUGUGGUCAUGGCAAGUCUGGGAUACCCAGGAGACUAUGACAAAGGCAUGGAAGUAACAGGGCUGCUUCCAGCCAAAGAGUUAGGGCUGCAGGUGUUCCACGCUGGCACAACAGUGAAGGAUGGCAGAGUGGUUACAAGUGGUGGCAGAGUCCUCUCCGUUACUGCUGUUAAGGAGGAUCUGAUGACAGCACUGGGAGAAGCCAACAGGGGAGUAGCAGCCAUAUGUUUCAAGGGUGCCACAUACAGGAGGGACAUUGGCCAUCGGGGCAUUCGACUUCUCAAACAGUCUCUGGGUUUGAUAUACAAAGAGAGAUGUGUGGAAGCUGUAACCAGUGAUGUUUUGUUUUACCAGCUGAAAAGAUCAAUUGUAAGUCGUACCAGAUCAGGCAGUCAUUCAGAAGUAAGAGGCUUUGCUGGUUUCUUUGAUUUAAAAGCAUCUGGUUAUGAUGAUCCUAUCCUGGUAUCUCAAACGAAAGGCCUUGGACCUAAACUUCAGAUCGCACAAGCGUGUAAGAGACAUGACACCAUAGGACAGGACCUGGUUGCCUUGUGUGUUAAUGACAUCCUGGCUCAAGGGGCAGAGCCCCUCUUCUUUCUUACCUAUUUUUCCUGUGGCAAACUUGAUGUCAAAGUGACUGAAGCAAUCAAAGAAGGAAUAGCUGACGCAUGCAGAAAUGCAGGAUGUGCUUUCCUAGGCAGGGAGAUUGCUGAGGUGACUAGCAUGUAUUCUUCUGGAGAGUAUGACUUGGCUGGCUUUGUGGUUGGUGCAGUGGAGCGAGGACAGAUGCUUUUGGGUCUGCAGAGAGCUGAUGAGGAGGAUGUGCUUAUUGGACUGGCCUCUUCUGGGAUUCACGGCCGAGCCUUUUCCAUCAUAAGGAAGAUACUCUUAAUGUCCUCCCUGCACUACUCCUCUCCAGCGCCUGGCAGUUGUGGUGACAAGACUCUAGGAGAUGUAUUGCUGACUCCAGCAAAACUGUACAGUCCAUCUUUGGUGCCUGUUCUUCGCUCAGGGCAUGUGAAGUCUUUUGUCUUUAUUGCUGAGGAAGGGUUGCUGGAAGGCAUCUCUCGAAUCCUGCCAGAACAUGUCAGCGCUGUCCUGGAUGCCCUUACCUGGAAGAUGCCUGAGAUCUUCUGCUGGCUCUAUAAGGAAGGAAACCUCUCUGAGAAGGAGAUGGCCCAGACAUUUAAUUGUGGGAUUGGUGCAGUCUUGGUUGUGCAGAAGGAGUUGGCCCAGCACGUUCUCAGGGAUGUACAGAGACAUGAGGAAGCUUGGCUGAUUGGAAAAGUUGUUGCCCCUUGUCACACAGGAGGUUCUCACAUCAAAGUUGAGAAUCUUCUUGAAGCUCUACAGCUGAGCAGCCCCCAGCAUCUGCUGAAUAACACUGUUGUAGAGAGUCAACAACAACCCAGAAAGAACAAAGUUAAAGUAGCUGUUCUCGUCUCUGGAACAGGCACAAAUCUUGCUGCUCUCAUCAAUUACGCAAAAGAACCAGGCAGCUGUGCUCAAGUUGUCCUUGUCAUCUCCAGCAAGUCUGGUGUGGAAGAACUACGAAAUGCAGCCCGUGCUGGAAUUCCCACCAGGGUGAUUGAUCACAAGUUAUAUGGGAGUCGCUCUGAAUUUGACAGCACAAUUGACCGAGUUCUUGAAGAAUUUGCUGUUGAACUGAUAUGUCUUUCAGGAUUUAUGAGAAUAUUGUCCAGUCCUUUUCUCAGGAAAUGGAAGGGGAAAAUUCUGAAUGCUUCCCCAUCGCUUUUCCCACCAGUCAAGGUUGGAAAUGCGCAUCAGCACUCCCUCCCAACUGGAUUCAAAGUCACUGGCUGCGCUGUGCAUUUUGUCCUGGAGGAAUCUUGUCCAAAAGCAGUAAUCCACCAGGAGCCGGUAUCUGUGAAGGCAGACGACACUGAGGAGAUGCUGUCAGAAAGGGUUAAGGAAGCUGAGUGCCGGGCUUUUCCCAUCGCCCUGCAUCUAGUGGCCAGUGGGGCAGUGCAACUAGGAGCUGAUGGUAAAACCUGCUGGAAACAAGAGAGGCAAAGUCUGCGUCUUCAAGAAGAGAAAAAUGACUUCACUUCCUCUCUGGUGAUACCAGAGCCACAAGAAAAUGAUGUGGUGUAGCCAGGUUUUCCUUUCCUUCUUCCUUCCCGCCAUGUGCUUCUCUUUGCAGGUGUAUUAAUGUUUCUGGCUUUCAUUCUGAGCCAUGAUCAGUUUUUCUGGGCUUGCACAUUUAGUUACACUUAGUUUUCAAAACUGGCUGUGGGAUCCAAACUCAUUUCAGAUCUUGAAUUUCUUUGUUCUGCA